AUGAACAAUUUAAAAAAUUUAAAAAUUUUCCGCUUAUCAAAAAAAGCUGUAAUAUAUUUAAGUAAUUCUCUUCGAGAUAUUCUGCAACGUAAAGGAAGAAGAGGAAUAAGUUUAGAAACACAGGUUUUAGUAACAUUACGAUUUUUCGCUAUAGGCUCCUACCAAAGGGGUAUUGGUAAUGAUUAUUUAAUAUCUCUGUCACAACCAGCUAUUAGCAGAGCGAUAAAAACAGUAGCAGUAGGCAUUACAGAAUUGCUUGCUAAUGAGUGGAUCAAAUUUCCACAAACUGAGGAGAAACGAGCAAUUUUAGAAAAAAAAGAUUUGAACAAAAAAGGAAUUUUAAAGGGGUGAUAGGUUGCAUUGAUUGCACUCACGUCGCUAUCGUGAGACCAAGUCGUCACGAGGAAGCAUAUACAUAUAAACCAUAAAGGCUUCCAUUCGAUUAACGUACAGGCAAUAGCGUCACACGACUUGGAAAUACUAAACAUAAAUGCCAGAUUUCUGGAAGUGUCCACGAUAGUUUUAUAUGGAGCAUUCUGCUGUAAGGGAUAGGAUGACAAGAUUGUACGAUUCUGGAGAUCGAUCA